UGUCAUUCGCUUUGACGUGUAUGGGCAAUUGUCAAAGAAUUUAUUUUCACUUUGUUUUCCCAUUUUUAAAUGAUGAGAAGAAAAAAAUAAGUGAACUAUAAUAAUAAAAUAAGUGUUAAUAUUUGUGAACUGAAAGACAUUUUUUCACAAGCAAAAUGGUUUUAAUGACCAUGAUCGCCCGUGUUGCUGACGGGUUACCCUUAGCCGCUACUAUGCAAGAGGAUGAACAGCCGGGCUGCAACAUAUUGGAGUAUCAAAACCAAGCAAAAAUGCUGUUUAGAAAAUUAAGCCCGCAGUCUCCAAUACGCUGCUCCAUUGAAACUGGGCCCUAUCUCUUCCAUUAUCUGAUUGAGAAUGAUAUCUGCUAUUUAGUGCUGUGCGAACGCAACUAUAGUAAAAGACUUGCCUUCAGUUACUUAGAAGAAAUUGCACAAGAGUUUUAUCAACAAUACGGAAAAAGAGUCAACACUGUAACAAGACCUUACACAUUCAUCGAGUUCGACACGUGGAUGCAGCGCGCACGGAAGCAGUAUGCGGAGGGAGGGGCGCGAGCGAGGCGCGCGGGAGCCGCGGCACAGCUCGGCGGGCAGCUGGGCGAUGUGCAGCGGAUUAUGAUGCAGAAUAUUGAUGAUGUACUACAACGAGGAGCUAUACUUUCAGAACUGGACACAAAGACACAGAAACUCUCAAUGAUGUCACAGAAAUAUAAAAAGGAUGCAACUUACCUCAACACAAAAUCCAUGCUAGUGAAGGUUACAGCUGGCGCCGUUAUACUUCUUGUGUUUGUCCUCUACUUCUGGGUGCUUUAGGUUUUUCCUAGUAUUUUAUUAUACCAAAUUUGUUAUGGACAUUGUUUUAUUUGUGGCAUAACUUUUUAUACAUUUUUAUGCUUACUUGGUUAUGUCAUUGCUUUAAUUUAUAAAUUGUAGAAAUUGUUUUUAUUUAAGGUAAUAUAUCGGCUUCAAUAGAUUUUAAAUUCACAAAAUUCAUGUUAUAUUUGUUUCAAAAUACAACUUAUUUUCUCUGUUGCUACAAUUUGAAUAUGUAUAUAAAAACUUCUCCCAUUACAAUUUUGGUACAAUAUUACAAGAUUUAAUACAUUAGACUUAAAGUAAUCUAGUUGACUGACUUUUAUCCUUAUUAAAAGUAAUACCUGAAUGCAUUCCUUCACAAAUAAAAUUAUAUCUAUUAAAUGUGAAUCAUACAAAUUUAAUUCUAAAUGUAUUUAGAAUUUGGUUGUUUAUUUGUAUGGUUUGGGUAUUUUUUUAUUUAAAAAAUGUUUUGCUGUGGCUAAUGUUAUCUUACAUGUAUUACAAAAACUAUUUAUGUGGGUUGCCAUCAUUAAAAAUUCAAAAUAGAAACAAGGAAGCAAUGAAUUACUAUAGUUUUUAACAGUCUAUUGUCAAUAAUUAUUCCAAAUAUAAUUUCUAAUUUUAAUCACUAUAUUAACAAUUUAAUGAAAAAAAAAUUUCAGCUUAUCUCUUACAAUUCCAUAAAUGCCAAAACAAAAUAUUAAGACAAAACAGGAUGGUCGGCAAUAUAUAAAUAUAUAUACUUAUUAAAACAUAUGGCUUGAAAUUCAAUUUUAACUGUUGGUAUUGUGCUCAGCUUAAAAAAAGCUAAUUUAUAAAAAGGAAAUUGGUACAAAAUUUUCAAAAAAUGUUCAGUAAUAAAGGAAUAUGAUACCCAUAUAUAUAGGCUUGAUAUUUAAAAUUAAUUUCUAUAAGUAAUUGCCAAUUAUAUUUUUUAUAUCACUUAGUGGUGUGGACGGUUAUGGAAUGUUGUAAAUGUCUUGUUAAUAAAUACUGUAUUUAUUUAAGAUGUAAUAAAUAUGUAUUCUUUCCAA